AUGCAUAUGGUUGCCGAAUUCUGCCAUCGAGACAUCGAUGCACACAUGGCUCCCUCGUUAUCGCCAAUUGGACUAAUUCGGCUGUUUUGCAGGAGGCCAGUUACACUGUUCCUCGAAGUUUUCAAACCCGUCUUGCCAACCGAAGUUUUUGCAAUUUUAGCCACGUUCUCGCAUGGCAUUAAUUUGAAAGCGCUCAGCGCGUUCAUUGUAAUGGUCCACGGUGGCCUGACUGUCGCUUGCUUUCUUCUGAAAAAUCUCUCCGAUGAUCAACUAAGAGCACUGCAGAUUUUACAGGAGUUGGAAAACCGUGUACUUGAAUGUCACGAGAAUGUGGAGUUUCGUGUUCGGAUUGCUGCUGGUCAUUUGAUGGGCCUACUCUGCUUUCGGUCUGGACUAGUGACGUUCAAACGAUUUCUGCCCAGUGUUAUUGAAGGGAUCACCACAAAUCUUGAACGCAGCCCAGACGCGCCAGCCACAGAGUCAGAAAGUUCUCUCCGAGAGCUCAUCAUAGCAAAGGAGCGCGAUGUUAACAUGAGCCGCAGUUCCCUGUCGGUUUUUCAUGAUACCGCUGGAUGGAAGAAUUUGGAAACGUGGAUGAAAUGCUUGCAGGAAAUGGUAGUCAGUCUGAAACCGGAGGACUUUGUCCAAAUCGACCGUUCACAAAUUCUUGAUCUUGUUUUCAAAGCGACAGAUCACGUCCGAAUGGCUGCUUCCCGCGCGGUCCGUACAUUCUUCGAAGUACCUCCUCCUCCCGAGCACAGCUGGACUGAUGUUUAUCCCAUACUGCUACCAGCCAUGUGUCUAAAUCGGUACUAUGUUGCUGAAGGUGUGAGACUCUACAGUCAAGAAACUUGGUGCCGUGUUACUAAAGGCGAAGGAAAGAAACUAACUGAGAUCUAUGUGGAUGCUGUUGUGGACUAUUACACUCAGCAAGCUACUGCGGACAACCAUACACUUCGUGAAGUUUCGUGUACCUCCAUUUCUGAGAUUGUAUCGAAGCUUUCACCAGACCUGAUGCGACCUCAUAUCUUGAAGUUAUUGACGGCACUUCUAAUCUGCUUUGAUGGUACAAGUUGGUCGACGCGGGACGCCGCCUGUGCUGCUCUUGGCACUCUCGUUUCCAAGUUCCCUGAAGAAACUAAAGCUGCCGGAUAUAAAAACUUACUGGCCGAUCAGUUCUUGCGCAAUUUGUCUGACAUCAUCCCUUCCGUACGUGAAACGGCAGCCUAUUCGAUUGCAAACAUUCUCAGGUCUGUUUCAGAUCCGGAACUCAUUCAGCUGUACCGCAAACAUAUUGACACACAACUUGCUAACAUUCGUGAUCAGCCGGCUGAUUCACAUGGUGUCGAACCAACUCGUUCACAAACUCCAGGAUUGUCUUGGUGCGUCAUCUCACGCAGUGGUGCAGAUGCUCAUGAUGCCCGUCACACAGAUCAGACAAUGUAUUCUUGUGGUUCACUAGCACCUACAGGGUUCAAAGCAAUUGAGCGUCCAGUUGGACUGAAUCAGCGACCGACUGAACCGUGGGAACAUGCGGAUGGUGCACUUCGCCUGAUAGGCCAAAUCGCUGAGUGCAGUCCUCAGAUUUUUACGGACGAUCUGGUCUAUAAAAUGCUAACGGCUUGCGAGUACAAGCACUAUACACACUACCCAUACCUCCUUGAUACAGCCUGCAACGUUGUUAUCCAGCUCUACAAAGGCUUGGAGAAGACCCGGUUUAAACGACAUCUGGACAACUUGCUCAUUCUUCUUACUACUGCCUUCGAGAGCCAGCUGCCACUGGCGGUUUUGGCGUGCAAGGAGACCCUUGAAUUCCUCUCUACACAUGUUGGACCCAACGUGAUUCGCGGACGGGUUGAAAAUCACCUGGAUGAUCGUGUUCCUCGCGCCCUUUCAGGGCUUCUGCCAUCUGCGGCAUGAUAAGCUGUUUUCGAAUAGGCGUUAUGCAUUUGAAUGUAUUCACUGAUGACCAUCUAUUACAUCAAUUUCGUUUCUUGUGGUAACCAUCACAACUCGCUGGAUACUUGUCACCACCAUCCGGCACCUCUUCUUUCUCAUUUUUGUACAGGUUUCCCAGCAGAUUUUUACGUGGAUGUUGCUGUGAUUUUGCCAACGAGAUUAGAGGAUCGCAGUAUGUACAGACUGUACCUCAUAUCGAUCAGGCAUAAUUACCAUGCUGUUCCUUUGGGCACUUCAUUCCUCUAUUAAAAUCGCUCAA